AUGAUCAUCAGAGCGACAACGGUCACCAAGAACCAUCCGAACAAUAAAGCCGACGGUGCCGCCGCUCUGCUAAAAGCUUGCUCAUCGCUCCGCCGCCUGAAGCAAAUCCACGCCCACAUUCUCCGCUCCAAUCUCCACGGCAACGCCUCCUUAGCCUCCACUCUCAUCUCUCUCUACGCCUCUCUCUCCUCAUCCUCCCCUCGCUACACCCACCAUGUCUUCACCUCUUUCCCCAACCCAAACCUCUCUCUCUUCAACCACGCCAUCAGGGCUUUCUCGAAGACCCACUCGCUCUGUUCCGAGGCGAUGGUAUUGUAUAACCAAAUGGUUCGCGCGGGAAUGAGGCCUGAUAACUACAGCUUCCCUUUUAUGCUAAAUUCGUGUGCCGCGAGAAGUGAUAUUUUUCAGGGGGUUGAGGUCCAUGGCCGCAUUGUUAAAACGGGGUUUGGGUUUUGUGUUCCGGUGUCGAAUGCUUUGAUUGAUAUGUAUGGGAAAUGUGGGGAGUUGGAGACCGCACGGAAGGUGUUUGAUGAAAUGCGUGAAAGAGAUGUUGUUUCGUAUAAUGCGGUUUUAGGGGCACAUGCCAGAGGAGGUGUGGAUAUGGAGAGUGCCGCCGAUUUGUUCGAGGGAAUGCAGGGGAGAAAUGCUAUAUCUUGGAAUGCGAUGAUUGUGGGGUAUGUAAAUAGUGGGGAUGUGGUCUCGGCUAGGGAUGUGUUUGAUAGGAUGCCGGAGAGGAAUGUUGUUUCUUGGACUACAAUGCUGGUGGGGUAUACUAAAAAUGGGUUUAUGGAUAUGGCUAAGGAUGUUUUUGAUGAAAUGCCUGAGCGGAGUUUGAUUUGUUGGACGGCUAUGAUAUCAGGAUACUCGCAAAAUGGGAGGCCAAGUGAAGCACUUUCACUUUUCCGGAGAAUGGAGAAAUCAGGGGUAAACCCGGAUGCGUUUACCAUGACAGCAUUGAUCUCUGCAUUGGCACAGUUGGGCCGUGCUGAUCUGGCAAAUUGGAUUGGAUCAUAUGUUGAUCGAGAAGGCAUAGAACAGAACGAACAAGUGCUCACUGCACUGGUUGACAUGCAUGCCAAGUGUGGGAAUAUGGAAGAGGCUUGUCGUGUUUUUGAGAAGAUUCCUUGGAAGGAUGUUUUCUCCUACAGUGCAAUAAUCACAGGUCUUGCUUCUCAUGGUCAUGGGAUUAAAGCGCUUGAGAUCUUCCGGAGGAUGCUGGCAGAAAACAUCAAACCUGAUCACGUCACAUUUGUUGGGGUAUUGACUGCCUGUGGCCAUGCAGGACUCGUCGAAGAUGGAAUGACCUAUUGGGAAAGCAUGAUUAAAGAUUACAAUAUUCAGCCUGGUGCAGAUCACUAUGCUUGCGUGGUUGAUAUGCUGGGACGUGCUGGGAAGCUUAAUGAGGCACACAAUUUAGUCAAGGGCAUGCCUAUGGGUCCACAGCCUGGAGCAUUGGGAGCUUUGCUUGCAGCAUGUAGAACCUACGGAAAUGUAGAGAUUGCUGAAAGUAUUGCUGAGAAGCUCUUCAAGUUAGAGCCUGAGAAUACUGGAAAUUAUAUGCUACUUUCUGGUAUCUAUGCAUCAAAAGAGCGAUGGGAUGAAGCCAAAAAAGUGCGGGAAGCAAUGAACAAGAAAAGUGGAAUUAAGCUUCCUGGCUUUAGCUGGGUUGAAAUUAGCAAAGGCCAUUCAACUCAAUUGAAGAACCAAAUUUAA